AUGGACGAAUGUAUCAAAGAAGACACAGAGAAGAAGUCGGGUACAGUACAACUUUUUGAAAGGAACGAAUUCCUGGUGGCAUGAAAUAAAGGAUCCCCAGCUUGUAAAAGCACCAAGCCUACCCAUUCAAUACAGUACCAUUCAAAGUGGCAAAGGAGCUAUGUAAGAAUAUACAAAAAUAGGGGAUAAUUUUUGAGAUGGGAGGAGCCCAAAAGAGCUACACCUGUGGUAUAAAAUAGUUAAUACUAUAUAUUGUACAUUAUAACUGUAACAAUAAUUUUAUUAUAUUUUACCUUCUCUUUAGAUAUUGAAGAGGAUGGUUCAGUAAUACUUUUGCAAAUGCUGCUCAAAGAAAAGUCAACAAAUGUUGAGGCAAUUAUUAAACUCUGCUCGGUAUGUUUUGAUAUAUAAUUAUAUUACAGUUUAUCACUCUAUGAAUAUAUCUUAAUCUUUCAGAUGGAAAAUGAGGUUAUCAUUCCAUGUUUCGCACACCAAUAUAGGUUAGGGUUAGGGUUAGGUAUUAGGGUUAGGGGUUAGGUUUAAGGUUGGGGUUAGGGUGUGUAUAUAUGUGUAUGGAGGUAUCUAAUGAACUUUUCAAUACACUAUAAUAUCCAUUACAUAACGUUUACUAUAUUGGUGCGCGAAACAUGGAACGAUUACCGAAAAUGACCUGUGUUGUUUAUAAUUGAGACAUGAAAAUUUAUGAUCAUGAAUCCAUAAACAAUCAAAGGAUGGGUAUUGAAGUCUAGUAAACAACUAACCUUCUUAUCUUUAUCUUAGGACAACGAAUCAAUUGAUGACUUCAUUCAAAAUACAAUUGCACCGAUGUUAAUUGGUGCUGGGCAGUUAGGAAGCAUCACACCUUUAUACCUGGCGUCGGAAGGAGAAAUCAUAAUCAAGUUUUCAAACACAAACCUUAUAAAUGCAGUGGUGGUUCUAAUUCUAUAUUGA